AUGAGGAGCACCACUCACCAUCCCAUCUUCAUCGCUUUGUGCAAUGUCGUCACAUCGCUCUGCACACAUAGCUUUGAGCUCAGCGUCAUAACAGUCGCGUCUGUGCUUGCCUACGCCGUUUCAAUGCACUGCAUGGAGUCUGCGCGUCGUAAAAUGUUGGAACGUCGUAUUUGCGGCAUGGACUUCGGCAAGACAACGCCGCAGCAGCGCAAGAGGAUUGCAGGGAAGCCUCUUAGUUCACUGGAGGAGGAGGAGAAGCGGUUGUUUUUGCCGGAGUCCCUCGGCAUUCUCGCCGGUGCGGUGUAUUUGUGUGUGCUGGUGGUGGAGUUGGUGGUGGUGUUUGGCCACGACAUGCGUAAGAUGGACGGGGCGGUCACAACCAUCACUGUGAUGUUGUUGCUGGGUUUUGUCGACGACGUUUUGGAUCUUCGCUGGCGACACAAGCUUCUCCUCUCGGCCAUUGGAACCCUUCCGCUGCUGCUCACCUAUGAAGGAAGCGUGUCGGUCGCUGUUCCGCGUCCACUACUGUCAUUCUUUUCCAGCUCUAGUGUGUACCUUGGCGUGUUUUACCUGCUCUACCUGAGCCUGCUGUGUAUUUUCUGCACGAACAGCAUUAACAUCCUUGCCGGCGUGAAUGGGGUGGAGGUGGCGCAAUCCAUCGUCAUCGCCGUGACGUGUAUUGUGUACAACGUUCUGCAGAUGCGGUUGGAGGGGGAGUCAUUGAGAGAGUCUGCUGGUCGUAGUGGCACCACGCCUCACCCUCCGGUGGCAGAAGGCGGCGGUUCACUACAUGAGCUAAUGGCGAUUUCACUCCUGGCACCGUUUGUGGGUGUCAGUGCGGCGUUGUGGCGUUACAACCAAUACCCUGCUCGCAUCUUCGUGGGCGACAGCUACACCUACUUUGCGGGAACCGUGCUUUCCGUCGCGGGGGUGUCAGGGCAGCACGGCAAAACGCUUAUUCUCUUUUUCAUCCCGCAAAUAGUGAAUUUUAUUAUUUCCCUUCCGCAGCUGUUUCAUAUUGUGCCCUGUCCGCGUCACCGGGUCCCGUGCUGGAACGAAAAGCUGGAUGUGCUGCAGAACAGCGGGAAUUACACUCUUCUGAACGCCAUCUUGUGGCUUUGCGGAGACAUGCAUGAACGAGACCUCACCAAUGCGGUGGUGAAGGUGCAGGUCUGCUGCUGUGUUUUUGCCCUCGUGAUGCGGUACCUCUUUGCGUCCUAUCUAUAUGACCACAUCCGCUAG